AUGGAGCCGCUGGUCCAGCACCUGGAGCGCUUCUCCGAGGUGCUGGCGGUCGCCGGCACGACGCACGUGAGCACCUGGGGCCCCACCGCCGUGCGCAGGGCCCUGCAGUGGGCUCGCUACCUGCGCCACGUCCACCGGCGCUUUGGUAGCCACGGCCGCAUCCGCACGGCUUUGGAGCGGCGGCUGCACCCCCCGUGGAGGCGGGAGGGCGACGCCGGGCCCGGUCCGGCCCCGGGCUUCGCGAGCUUCCAGGCCCUCGGGCACUGUGACGUCCUGCUGUCGCUGCGCCUGCUGGGGAACCGGGCGCUCGGGGACGCCGCGCGCCGCCACCUGCUGCAGCAGCUCUUCCCGGGCCCGGGCGGCCAGGAGGCCGAGGAGGAGACGCUGCAAGACCGCCUGGCCCGCCUGGGCCGCCGGCGGUGCGCCGUCCACCUGCUGCGCUCCUGCGGCCACGGAGAGGACCGGGGUGUGCACGAGGACGCCCUGGUGAGGACCCUGGCGGAGGUGCUGCUGCAGCGUCUGCAGGAGGCGGGCAGGGACGACGCGGAGGCGCCCGGCAGGUGGCUCAGCGGCCUGUGGGAGCGCCUGCCCCGGGACGGCUUCCUGAAGGUGGUGGCCGCGGCGGCGCUGUUGCUGCCGCCCCCGGCCCCCCGGCCCCAGGAAGAAGAGCCGGCACCGGGCGGCCCCCUGGCUCCUGGAGAGGGGAGGCACGAGCUGGUGCGUUGGCUUCUGGGCAGGUCGGAGGUCAUGGCUGCCUUUGGCCGCGACCUCCCCGUAGAGCUUUUAACUUCGGUGGCGAGCCGCCACCCAGAGCUGUGUCGAGCCUACCUAGAUCUGCUGACCGACUGGGGUGGACGUCUGCACUAUGACCUGCAGACAGGCGUGUGGGUGGGAGCUGAGUCCCAAGACGUGCCCUGGGAGGAGUUGUACCACAGGUUUCACAGCCUCUGCCGGGCCCCUCCCCCUCUGAAAGAUGAAGUUCUGACUGUUCUGGAGUCCCAUAAGGCGCAGGAUGGAGAUUUCGAAGUCCCCGGCCUCAGCGUCUGGACCGACCUGUGGUUAGCUCUUCGGAGCGGUGCGUGAUACUUCGUGGAGGAAAAGACAAGUUUUAGGUCUCAGCACAGGCCCCAUUUCACUAUGGGCAAAGCUCUGUUAUUAAUUAAUGACUUGACUGUAUAGUUUUCCACAUGAAAGCUUCAGUGCGCUCACCAAAUCUCCUAUACUGUAAUGUGUCCAAAGUAUGAUAAGUUUUAAGUGGCUUAUUACACAAUUGUAAAUAUGCAAAAUCACUGGCUCGUAGUGCCAUGGAUUUUCUGGAAAGAGGAGGUUAUUGAAAGUACUGUACUUUAAAGCCAUGACAUUAGCAAUAGUUUGCUUUCUAAGAAUGCCGAAAAUAUAUGUAUUUUUCAAAGAAAAAGGAACUUUAAAGUACGGAGAUGCCUUGUUUCUAUCAGCAUGGUUUAUUUUUCUAGUUUUUUUUUUUUUCCUUAAUAGUGAGGAGUUUUCUUUAACCAACUUGUGGGAGUGUCAGAAAUGUUGGUUUGAAAAGCUAACUGGCCUAUUUCAAUUUUAAGCCCUGAACUUUGACCUUCUUAACUUACUGUUCAAACCAAUUAGCCAGCCUCAAAUGCAUUGAAAUUGUAAUUCAGAAAGUGUGUUUCUCAUUUCUGCAAAUUGCUACCCCGAGAAUGGAUGACCAUGCAGUAUGUUUAUUUAAAGCAUUGAUUCACAGAGAAAUGUUUAACACAUGGUAAAUACAAAUAUAUGCCUUUGGAUGUUAAUUUAACAUUUGAUGGUAAAAGAAUCAAAACAAACUUCUUAAUUAGAUGACCCAGGUUUUUGUGCCUCCUAUGCCAUUAACAAAGUUAAUAAAUCACAACCAUGGUGCUACUGUUGCCUUUUAUGUUAAAUAAAGUGUUAGAAACUAAAA